AUGGUCUCGCCAUGGAGGUUCCUUUCGUUCUUGGGCUUUGCGGCGGCUGCUCUCGCUAAGUCCAGCACUGGCAAUUCUGUCUUGGUCGUGCUCGACCCUGGAUCGAGCAGGGACAACUUCUCGAGAUUCUUCGACGGCCUUGGAGCGCGAGGAUAUGAUCUUACCUUCCGGACUCCUAAGGACGCACACCCCGCUGUGAUUGCGCAUGACCAUCCUGAGUUCUCACAUGUAAUUCUUUUCGCGCCGGAGUCCAAGAGUGAGUCCAUCAUACUCCUCGGACAUCACCCCCCAGUCCUUGGUCACGCUCCUUUCAAAGAACACCAACCUGCUCAUCGCAGUGUCGUCAAAAGCGACGCCCUUGACAUCCCUGGCGGCGAGUUCUCACUCGUCCUGCCGCCGCCUGGCACACCUCUCAUCUCGCACUUCCCUGAGCGGGACACACCAGCGACUGUGAUCCCCGUCGAGGUCUUGUCGUCGAGCCCUGUGCUCUCUGGGAGCUUGCCGCCCGUGUGGUUCUCCGGCGUCCCGUUCGCAUUCAACAGCAACCCGCACAUUGUGCCCAUUCUGAACGCACCGGCGCAGAGCUUUGCAGCGGACUCUGAUGCGGACUCCGGUGCAGAGGCGAUUGUGGAGGCUGCAGACAAAGGCGGCGAGGGCCUGUGGGCAGGCAACUCACUUGGACUGGUCGCUGGAUUCCAGACUCUUGGUGGUGGCCGUGCUACGUGGGUUGGUGGGGUAGAUCUGUUCAGCGACGAGUUUGCACAGAAGCCUACUAUUGACGGAGUCAAGCCCGGGAACGAGCAAUUCGCCGCCGACGUGGCGGCGUGGACCUUCCAAGAGACAGGUAUGCUGCGCAUCGACGACGCCACGCAUCACCGCGUCAACGAGACCGCGCCGGGGGAUAUGUACACUAUCAAUGACCGCGUCACGUACACAAUGCACGUGUCGAAAUACAACCCGACCUCGGCGGAGUGGGAGCCGUACUCUGGCAUCACCGACAUGCAGCUCGAGUUCACGAUGCUGGACCCCCACAUCCGGACCGCGCUCAAGCCAACGCCCGGGGUGCCCGGCGAGUACUCGCUGACGUUCCGCGUUCCAGACCGGCACGGCGUGUUCAAAUUCAACGUCGACUACAAGCGAAAAGGCUGGUCCUACCUGCAGAGCACGACCGUCGUCCCGGUCGUUCCGCCGCGGCACGACGAGUACCCGCGCUUCCUGAGCCCCGCGUGGCCAUACUACGCCGGCACGAUCAGCACGAGCGCCGCGUUCCUCGCGUUCUGCGCGCUGUGGCUCGCCGGCGACAGCGCGGAGGCGAAGAAGUCGAAAAGCACGAAAUCUGACUAG